UCAAAUACUGAAAACUAUUGGAGGAGUGAAACGCUACCGUUCGGUUUUAUAAAAUGAAAAGGUAGGGCCACAACCGCCUUCUUCUUAUUCGCAAGUUGCCAGAGCCCUCUGCAAGUAAACUUAUUUUUCGAAUGCAGGGGCCAUGCCUCUGCCUCUCCAAAGUUUACCAAUCGCUAUCAAGAACCAACCAAUUGCAUGCUCUGUUUCUCAAAACCCAUCUCCCCCACGACCCUUUUUACGCAACCAGAUUACUCAGAUUCUAUGCAAUCAACGGAGACCUUCGCUCUGCACGUCAAGUGUUCGACGAAAGUUCCCACCGGAGUGUCUACCUUUGGAACUCCAUCAUUCGAGCCCACGCUCAAGCACGCAGAUUUGAAGAUGCAUUUUCUCUGUUUGCUGAGAUGCGUAGAACUGAAAUCAAACCGGAUAACUUCACUUAUGCUUGCAUUGUACGUGCCUGCGCUGAUAGUUUUGAUCUGGAUGGACUGAAGUUUGUGCAUUGUGGGGUAAUGGUUGCAGGGUUGGGAUUGGACUCGAUUUGUAGCAGUGCACUUGUUUCAGCUUACUCAAGACUCAGCCUUGUUGAUGAAGCAAGCAGGGUGUUUAAUGGGAUUCGACAGCCGGAUAUGGUUUUAUGGAAUUCGAUGAUUUCGGGUUAUGGAAGUGGCGGGUUUUGGGAUACAGGUUUGCAGCUGUUUAGUGAGAUGAGAAACAUGGAGAUGGUGCCGGAUGGAUACACAAUUGUUGGGUUGCUUUCAGGUUUAGCGGAUUCGAGCUUGAUAAGCAUUGGAGAAGGAAUACAUGGUCUUUGCUUGAAAUGGAAUUUAGAUUCUAAUGCUCAUGUGAGCAGUGUACUUGUGAGCAUGUAUUCGAGAUGUAUGUCUAUGAAUUCUGCACAUAGAGUUUUUAGUGGUUUGUUCGAGCCAGAUUUAGUUACAUGGUCUGCUUUGAUCACUGGGUUUUCGCAGUCGGGAGAUUAUGACAAGGCAUUGUUCUUUUUCAAGAAUUUGAACAUGGAAGGUAAGAAGCCGGAUUCGGUUUUGACUGCCAGUGUGUUGGCUGCUGCUGCUCAGAUGGCGCAUGUAGGGCUUGGUUGUGAGAUACAUGCUUAUGUUCUUCGACAUGGAAUCGAAUCGGAUGUCAUGAUUUCCUCUGCACUUAUAGCCAUGUAUUCAAAGUGCGGCUUCUUGGGGAUGGGUACUCGUGUUUUUGAGAUCAUGCCAGAGAAGAAUAUUGUUUCGUACAAUUCUUUAAUAUUGGGUCUUGGUUUGCAUGGACUUGCCUCCGAGGCCUUUAGAAUGUUUGAUGAGAUACUCGGAAACGGAUUGAAACCUGAUGAGUCUACAUUUUCUGCUCUCCUUUGUGCAUGCUGCCAUGCUGGCCUUGUCGAAGAUGGCCGGGAAGUUUUGAGAAGAAUGAAAGAUGAGUUUUGCAUUCAAGCUAGAACGGAGCAUUAUGUUCAUAUGGUGAAACUUCUUGGGAUGGAAGGAAGAUUGGAAGAGGCUUACUAUCUAAUCUUGUCCUUGCCUGAGCCACUGGACAGCGGCAUAUGGGGAGCCCUUUUAUUGUGCUGUGAUGUAUGUGGAAAUUUGGAGCUGGCAGAAAUUGUAGCCCAAAGGCUCUUUGAAAGUAAUUCAGAGAAAAGUGCUUACAGAGUCAUGCUUUCGAAUAUGUAUGCUGGUGGUGGGAGGUGGGAUGAUGCAAAGAAGUUGAGGGAUUCCAUAACAGAAGGAAAACUGAUGAAAAUGCCCGGGCUCAGCUGGAUUAAAGGUGUCAAUCGUUCUGCAUGAUCAUUCAUCAGAGGCAGCAAGUCUAACUGCUCAAGUGUAGUGAGAAACUGCAAACCUUCAGGUAACGUCUUCAGCCCGCACGCAACAGUGCAAGUGGAGGAUAUUCAUAGAAUCUGAGUAUUCUAGUUGGUGAAGACAGAAUUCUCGAAGAGAUGAAGACAGAAUUCUAGUUGGAGUAUUCAAGUAACGUCUCCAUUUGGUGAAGACAGAAUUCUCGAAGAGGAUUGGGGACCUGCAAUUUAGUUCCUGAGUAAGGGCGGUCAUCAUAUACUUACAGCAAGCCCUGGUUGAUCAGUUCAUUUAUAUUUUCUUCUGCUACUUCCUCCAUAAGCUGCCCUGCUUUCUCUUGAACCAGUCCUUCAGCCACUAGUAACCGAAUAAGUUUCCCUUUGGAAAUCCAGUGGUUCUCGGGGAAGAUGGAACAAUAUAUCAAGCAGUGGUAAAGAGAAUCAGGUAAAUCUCUACAACAUAUUUUUUAUGGAAUACAUGAAGAAGAAGCUGAUGUUUCUUCUUCAUUGUCUUGAGAGUCUCUGUUUUCUUCCAUCUCCACUUCAAUGGUAUUUGAACUAGCCAUAGAGAUCUACCAACUGUGUUUUGCAUUUGCAUAUAGAAGUGAAAUAUAGCAAUAUUUAUGGGUUAGAGCUUAUGUCAUACGGUAUAUAUGCUUUGCAGUUUGAUCCUUGUUUGCAUUUCCUUCAAGCCAGUCGUGGUCUUGUGGUCUUGUAGACCAUUUCUUAGAAAGCUUCAGGAUGUGACUUCGUGGGAGCUUUGUACCGAAGCAGCCUGCAGCGGAAGAGAUGAUGAAGAAGCUGAUGUCUCAACUUCUUAGUUCUCUUCGAAGUUUUUGUUUUCUUGUCUCUCCUUCGAUGGUAUUUGAACUUAGCCAUAUGGUGUUCUACAAAUGUGUUGAUAGCUUAUGCAGCUUGAUGCGACUCUGAGAUGGUAGCAGAUGCAAAUUUGUGAUGGUUAAGCUUUGUAAAAUCACAUUUAAUAUAAAAUUUCAAUACAAUAAAAAUAAAACAUGAUUUUAAUUGAUA